UUGUCAUCAUCGUCUUCAAUUCUUUUCCGUUCUUCUCUCCUUAGCAAUCAUUUCGGGUCGUGAGCUUGUGUGUGUCUGAGAGAUCGAAGCAAAGAAAGUGGAAGAGUGAGAGAGAAAAACGCAGAGACGCAAACGCUUGAGUUUCGUAUGUAUGGAUCGCUCAUGCUGUUUCGGGAUAAUUCCCAGAACUCAUCAUCGUCUUCUCUCCUAUUGCUCCUUCGUAUUCCUCUUCUUCUCCCUCGCCUUAUUCCACAACGCCGCGUCGUUUAACCUCACCACCACUCCCUUCGACGACGCCUACUCUCCUUUGUUCGGUGACGGCAACGUCGUUCGCUCUCCCGAUGGCAACGGCGUCCGCCUUCUCCUCGAUCGCUUCACCGGUUCAGGUUUCAUCUCCUCCAGCAUGUACCAGUACGGAUUCUUCAGCGCGAACAUCAAGUUGCCUUCGGAUUACACAGCUGGCGUUUGCGUCGCCUUUUACACAUCAAACGGUGAUGUAUUCGAGAAGACUCACGACGAGUUGGACUUCGAGUUCUUAGGCAAUAUUGCAGGAAAACCGUGGAGGUUUCAGACGAAUUUGUACGGUAACGGAAGCACACAUCGUGGCCGUGAGGAACGAUACCGUCUCUGGUUCGACCCAACCAAAGAGUUUCACAGAUACAGCAUUCUCUGGACCCCAAGCAGCAUCAUAUUUUACAUAGAUGAAGUACCAGUAAGAGAGGUGAAAAGAAGUGAGGAAAUGGGCGGUGAUUACCCGUCAAAGCCAAUGUCACUAUAUGCAACCCUAUGGGAUGCUUCCAAUUGGGCCACUUCAGGUGGUAAAUACAAAGUGAACUACAAGUUCGCUCCUUUUGUAUCAGAGUUCAAGGACCUCGUCAUUGACGGUUGCUCUGUUGACCCCAUCCAACAAGUCCCCGCCGGUGCUUGCUCCAACCGGCACGCCCAGCUCGAAGCACAAGACUAUGCUGUGAUAACUCCGGCGCGCCGCCGCGCCAUGCGGAGGUUCCGGGGGCGUUACAUGUACUACUCAUACUGCUAUGAUACUUUGAGGUACCCUGUGCCGCCGCCGGAGUGUGUUAUCAUACCCUCUGAGAGACAGAGGUUUAAGGAAACCGGAAGGUUGAGGUUUGGCGGCAGCCACCAUCCGCGGCGCUCCAGGCGGGGAAGCCGUACUUCAACGCCGGUGGAUGAGAGUGAACAGGCCGAUAUGAGAUGAUUGAUGUUGAGAUAUAUGUAAUGUAAGUAUAGAGAGUAAAUUUAACUUUUCAUUUAUUAAUUAGUAGAAAUAAAUAAAUGAGUUGAUUAAAUCUUGUCAUAUUUGAUAUUAGUUUGUUCAUAUAUAGCAGGGUAACUUUUCGUUUU